AAACAAUGCCAUUUUUGAGACAAGAGAAUAUACAGGAAAAGAGAAAAGUUGAUGAUAUUACAUCAUAGGCUCGAAUCAGACGAAGAGAAAUCUCUUCAUCUUUCAAAACCCAUGCGAAGAAAGUUUACUUGCGAGAGACUGGGCUCUAUACGUGAGGACGAGGCUCAUAAUCAAAACAAUAUGGCGGCUGAUACGUGUGAAUUUGGUUGAAGUAGAAGGAAGACCGUCCUACAAUAUUUACUAUGAGAGUAAACAUUUUUUCAUUUCGUAUCCAUGGAUGACAUUAUUUUCUUUUUUUCUCAUAUAAUUUGAAAUGUUAUCAAUAAUGCAAGAAUUGCACUGAAUUUGACCUAAUGGUAAAAAUAUUGUGAACCGAUGGAACGAAAGUCAAGAUCAGAGCUAAUCAAAAUCAUUGAGGCCCAGAAGGAACAGUUGAGUAGAUAUGAGUCAAAGCUGAGAGAUGUUGUCCACGCAUACAAGAAUCUCCUCAAAGAAAAGGAGGCUUUGGAUGCAAGUAUCAAAGUUCUCACUACAGCUCAGCAAUCUCACACCAAACAUCCCAGAUCUUCCAAGAAGAAAGGCCAUGAUGCAAGUCCUGUAGCUGAUGGGCCUAAAGGCGUUGGCCUUGAAGGUGAAGGGAAGCCUUAUGAGAAGGAAAUUGUGUCUGAUGAGAAGAUGGUGGCUCAAGGGAAACCUGCAGGAGUGGAGGUGAAGGACCACCCUCUUGCUGUGAACGAACCGUCUGGUCAGACAGAGACUCAGGGAAAUGACAAGCAGGAUGGGCCAGAUAGGAAAGGGCUAAGUAAUGAGGGUGAUGUAGCAGUGGAAUCAGAUGAUGAAGAUGAGGAUGGUGAUGACGACAAAAAUGAACAGGACCAAGUAUUGACCCUGUCUUCAACUUUGAAGACUGUCAUGGAGCAGAAGGCUAUGAUGGAGGCCAACUACCAGGCAGACAAGAAAAAGAUGAUGCAUGACUUUGAGGGGAAACAAAAAGAAAUGGAAGCAGAGAGAGAGAAGCUUACUGAAAAGCUAAAAGAGCUUGAAUCUCAAACCAAGGAGCUGAAGUUGCGGAUGAGACAGGAGCAGCAAAACAGAGAAGAAGAAGAAAACAACCACGCACUCAUGCUCAGAGAGCUCCAGCUGUUACUCUCAGAGGAGAGAACACAAAAAGAAGAACUUGAACAGCAACUGGAUGAUAUGAAGGACAUGCUGGAAUCCAGCAAACACUUUCCAGAAAGCAAAGCAAGGGAUUAUGAGAACUGUAUUUCACAGCUGAGAAAGGAGCUCAAAGAAUUGAAGGAGAGAUUAGAAAAGGCAGAGGAGAAAUCGUCAAAGCCAUCUCCAUUGCUGGUCCAACUGCAGGAAGAGAUGGCAGAAAUGAAGAGAGAGCACAUGGAAGCAGUAAGCAGAGAGCAAAAGAGAGCAAAUGAUGCAGAAGACAAGCUCAAGCUCAUUACUUGUGUGGAGGAAGACAGAGUGGCUGAUCUUGAGACAAAGCUUUCAGAAUUAUCUGAAGUGGUUGGUAGCUACGAAAAGCUUCGCUUCCAUGAUCAAGAGGUGAUUCACAAGCUAAAGGAACGGUUACAACAGCUUGACACAGAAAACACUGCCCUCACCCUCCACAGUCCCGUGGGGGAGGGGGUGCCCGACAACAACAUCCAGACUGUUGCAGAGAUAGAUAGCUUGCGUGACCAGGUGCAAAAGCUAAGGACAGUGCUCAAACUUGCUGUUGAGAAGUCUUCUGAAAAGUCAAUUGACCAAGAGCUGGAAGGUCUAAGCAAGUCUGAGCUUGAGUCAAUACUGAACAGUGACCCAACCCACAACGCUUGUCAGCAGGAGCUAAGGCAGCUGAAGGACGAGUUUGAGCGUUACAAGGCAAAGACCCAACUGCUGCACAGAAGCAAAUCACUGAAGGAAAUCACCACACAACUAGAAGAUCUCGACAAACUAAAGGCACGGAACGCGGGCUUAGAAAAACGGCUAAAGGACAUGGAGGAAUAUAGUCAUCAGAGAGAAAAUGAACUCACUAGCGUUGUGUCUCAGUUGCAAAUGGAUUUACAUACAGCCGAGGAACGGUAUCAAAAGGGCAGAGAGGACUCCGAGUUGAUUUACAGACACAAAGUCAGUGAACUCGAAAAGCAGGUUGUGAAACAACGAGAAAGGACGUUGGAACUUAUUGCAGAGAAAGAUGCGGAAAUCGAGUCGUUGCGCAUGCGCAGCCCGAGCUCAAGCAAUCCUGGGGGGUCGGGCAGUGCAUUUGCAUAUUCUCGAAAGUUCAUGGACUUGCCCGUUGCGCCCCAAGAGGGCGAUGAAAGUGCCGGUGGCGCGGACACCUCACCGGACACAAGUGCUGCUGUGUAUCAGCUGCUAUCAAGGCAGGCCGGGGUAUCCUCGGCAGAGCCCGGAUUACUUAUUCACUACGCUCAGCAACAAGCAAGACGAGAUGCGGAGAAUUCUGCAUUAAGAAGAGAGAAGAAUGACUUAGAGGACGACCUUAGGGACUGUACUCUCAGGGAAGCGAAAACGAGAGACCAAUGCGAAACACUAAAAGAAGAAAUCCGAAAGCUCGAGCGAGAUAGAUCUCGAGAGACUGCAAACCUAGAAUACCUCAAGAAUAUCAUACUUCGGUUCAUGAUGACCACAAGCUACUCGGUGAAGGAGCAAAUGAUCACUGCCAUCGCUACUAUACUUCAGUUUAGCCCCAAAGAGGUACAGCAGCCUAUUUGUAGUCCCUCUUAUUGUAAACAAACAGUGCCAUCGCCCUUAUACUUCAGUUCAGCCCCGAAGAGGUAUAGCAGCCUUUGUGUAGUCCCUCGUAUUGUAAGCAAACACUGCCAUCGCCACUAUACUUCAGUUUAGCCCCAAAGAGGUCGCUCGUGUGAAGAAGACUCACCAAGGACACUGGUGGUAACGAACUUCAUGAGACACAGAGAAAAAAUCCAGUAACUCAGUAGCUCAUUUAUAGGAAAUAUCUACAGUAGUCUAGAUGGUGCUUUUUUAAACGUUCACCAAUUUAUUUAUAUAUUUGCAGACUCAGAGAAUUUACAACUUCUGGGAAUUUUGGGAAAAUGUUAUUGUUGGAGGGACGUGGGUAGGGUAAUGGAUUUUAGCAAAGGCAUGUAAGGCCAUGUAGAUAUUGUAAUUAAAUUCAGAAUAAUUUACAAA